CAAAUAUUUGCCCAAGUCGAACCGCGGCUGAAUUUCCCUCCUCACUUGACGCACUGCGGCAGAAAGGCAAACAACGGCGGAACUCCGGCGGCGACGGUGUGGGUGUUUUCAGCCGGUUGCUUGACUCACUCAGGUGACGGGAGGCUGCUUCCAUGCUGAAUACAUCUUGAUUGAACGACAUCAGAGGUAGCAGUAGCACUAAUAGUAGAAAAGGGAAAGACGAAAUGGGAACUUCUGUUCAGGUCACACCACUUUGUGGAGUGUACAAUGAGAACCCACUAUCUUACUUGGUCUCCAUUGACGGCUUCAAUUUUUUGGUUGAUUGUGGUUGGAACGAUCUCUUUGAUCCCGCACUUCUUGAACCCCUCUCCAGGGUAGCGUCAAAGAUAGAUGCAGUUUUGUUGUCAUAUCCAGAUACACUUCACCUGGGUGCAUUGCCUUAUGCCAUGAGUCAUCUUGGACUCUCAGCUCCAAUUUACUCAACAGAACCAGUUUUUAGAUUAGGCUUGCUCACUAUGUAUGAUCAAUAUCUAUCCCGCAAGGCUGUUUCGGACUUUGAUCUGUUUACGCUCGAUGAUGUUGAUUCUGCUUUCCUUUCAAUUACCAGGCUUACCUAUUCACAGAAUCAUCACCUCUCUGGCAAGGGGGAAGGGAUUGUUAUUGCACCUCAUGUGGCUGGUCAUCUUCUCGGAGGUACUGUUUGGAAGAUAACAAAGGAUGGAGAAGAUGUUGUAUAUGCUGUUGACUUCAACCAUCGCAAAGAACGGCAUCUGAAUGGAAUAGUUGCAGAGUCUUUUGUCCGUCCUGCUGUUCUAAUAACUGAAGCUUAUAAUGCUUUGAGUAAUCAACCUCAUAGAGCACAAAGAGACAGAGAAUUUUUAGAGAAAAUUGUGAGGACAUUAGAAGGAGGUGGCAAUGUAUUGCUACCCGUUGACACUGCUGGACGAGCUUUGGAACUUAUUCUCAUACUGGAAGAGUUCUGGGCACAACGUAAUUUAGGAUACGACAUAUUCUUUCUUACAUAUGUUGCAUCAAGCACUAUCGACUAUGUAAAGAGUUUCUUGGAGUGGAUGGGUGACUCCAUUGCAAAAUCGUUUGAAACUUCGCGUAAUAAUGCUUUUCAGUUGAAGCGUGUGAAACUUCUAAUCAACAAGAUGGAUCUGGAUAAUGCUCCAAUUGGUCCAAAGGUUGUUCUGGCAUCAAUGGCAAGCUUGGAGGCUGGAUUUUCCCAUGAUAUAUUUGUUGAAUGGGCAUCUGAUGUCAGGAACCUUGUGCUUUUCACUGAAAGAGGCCAGUUUGGCACGUUGGCUCGAAUGCUUCAGGCAAAUCCACCUCCAAAGGCUGUAAAAGUCACAAUGUCAAAGAGGGUUCCCUUAGUUGGUGAUGAAUUAGUUGCUUAUGAAGAAGAACAGAAGAGACUGAAAAAGGAAGAAGAGCUGAAAGCUAGCCUUUUAAAACAGGAGGAAUCAAGAGCUUCUCAUGGGCUGGAUAAUGCUUCAAGUGAUCCAAUGGUCAUUGAUACAACCAAUUCAAGUGCUCCUCCAGAUGUGGCUGGUUCUCAUCGAAGUGGAUAUCGGGACAUGCUGUUUGAUGGAUUUGUUCCACCAUCCACCAGUGUGGCGCCAAUGUUCCCAUUCUAUGAAAAUAACACAGAAUGGGAUGAUUUUGGCGAAGUAGUUAAUCCAGAUGAUUAUGUAGUUAAAGACGAAGACAUGAACCAAACAGCUUUACAUGUUGGUGGAGACAUUGAUGGGAAGCUUGAUGAAGCUGCUGCUAGUUUUAUUCUGGAUACAAAGCCUUCAAAAGUUGUGUCGAAUGAAUUGACGGUUCAAGUUAAGUGUUCACUAAUAUACAUCGACUUCGAAGGACGGUCUGAUGGACGCUCAAUUAAAUCAAUCAUUGCUCGUGUGGCUCCUCUGAAACUUGUAAGAGAUGUUCUACUAUUGAUAGUUUAUGAGCUUUAUUUUGAUAGGAUAGGAAGACUGACAGAUAGCUUGUCUUUUAAUUGCUUUAUUCUUAUAAAGGUGUUGGUGCACGGAUCAGCUGAGGCUACCGAGCAUCUGAAGCAACACUGCUUAAAACAUGUCUGCGCUCAUGUUUAUGCUCCACAAAUUGAAGAGACGGUUGAUGUAACCUCAGAUCUGUGUGCUUAUAAGGUGCAACUCGCAGAACAGCUUAUGAGUAAUGUUCUCUUCAAGAAGUUGGGAGAGUAUGAAGUAGCUUGGAUCGAUGCUGUAGCAGGGAAGACUGAGAAUCAUGACAUGCUCUCUUUACUACCUACCGUUUCAACACCACCUCCCCCACAUAAGUCAGUUCUUGUUGGUGAUCUCAAAAUGGCUGAUCUCAAGCAAUUCCUUGCUAGCAAAGGUGUUCAGGUGGAAUUUGCUGGUGGAGGGGCAUUGCGAUGUGGGGAAUAUGUCACCCUGCGCAAAGUUGGUGUCGCCGGCCAAAAGGGCGGUGGUUCUGGGAUACAGCAGAUUGUGAUAGAAGGUCCCUUGUGUGAGGAUUACUAUAAGAUUAGAGAGUACCUGUAUUCACAGUUUUAUCUACUUUAGUUAGAUUCGGCUUACGACUCGAUACCAGUGUAUCAGUGUAGUGUAUCUCUAUGGAAUGCUUUCUGUUUCACUACUUGAGAAUUCACUCUUUCCGAAUGGAGAACACAAUCUGCUCGAGUUUUCAUCAGAAAUGCAGAACGUAGCACAUCUCAGAAUUUGGGGCUAACUCGUUACCAGCGGUAGAAUAACAGCAUUAACACACAAAACUUUCCAAUUUGUGUUAUCUUUCAAACACUGGAUACAUUUCAUUGAGCAUUACUGAAGAGAGCAAAGCUGUCUCAAACCGAACCAGAAUGCAGUUUUAUAUAGCCAUACUGAGAAAAGAUGCUAUGAUAACAUGUUUAUACAUUCUACAACCCGGGAAUGAAUCCAACAUGUCAUACGUUUCGAUUUACUGGCAUAGGACAGUUGCUCUUCCCAUGAACAUACACACAAGCACUCAUACGAUGGAACUGCAGGAUCUUAACCUUGGAGGUCGGGAAUCAUCCAUCCAGGCAUCUAACCAAGAUUCAUUCAUCUUCUCUUUCAGGUGGCAGGCCACAAGGCAGAAGCAUUUUCUGCAUGAAGUUGUAGCGCUCUCUUCCAAUGGAUUCGUUCUCAGCAACAGCAAAGUAAGCCAGCAUUGGGUAGUGGCCAACAUAAGAAGCAUAGCUAUCUCGCUGAAUGUUCACCGCCCACUCGAAUCUGUUCAUAUCGGCAUGGCCGGUGCCGACGUACUUGGCCUGGAGAUGUUCGAGCUGGGAGUUGAUGUUAAACCUAUCGCUGGCCUGCAAUUUCGCUGGAUGGAAGCUAUCGGAAGAAGAGCGCGAAGACUGGGAGAAGAAGGUGAACAGAGAUGGAUUAGGGAUUAUGAUUUCAUCAGUUCGCCGACGUUGCUUUUGUUUUUUAGACGGGACAACGAACCACGGCCCAACCUAAACCGCCCAG